CCCUCCAUGUGUACAUUGGUGAAAUCCGGAUUAGGGUUUCUGUGUUUUUUUUUUUUUUUUUUUUUUUUUUCAGGGACAAUUUAUAGUGAAGGGACCGAAUCUUCUUGAUUGACCUCCGGGUUCUAGGCGCAAUGGUUGAAGAAGCAAAAAAGAGAUGCGAGGCUGUGAUUAGUACACUAGAAACCUUAUCCUUGAAUCCAUCCUGCAAGCAUACUCUCCUCAGAUUGAUCCAAUCAGAGCUCUCUUUCCUCUCUCGCGUUUCAUCAAAUGACUUCACUCCAAAUUCCGACCCAUCGAUUUCUGUCAACAUCGGCCAUUUUGAAGCAGUAGUUCACGUCCUUCAACAUCCAGACAUAUCUGGUGUGACACGCGUCUGCAAAACAAUCAAAUUCCAACCCAGAAGACACAACGAGCUUCAUAAAGGUGCGCAUGUUGAUAUAGUUUGCACUUUCAAUGGAAACCCAGUUUGGUUUAUUGUAUCCGAUAGGAACCCAAAGUAUAUAUCAUGGAACACCCAUCAAGAAUCUUUAAAAAACAAAGGUUUACAGGCUAAAAUCCAUCUUCUUCUUGAAGCAGCUCACACCUCUGUAGCAUUAAAACCUACUUCCAUAAUCUUUUUCUUCUCAAACGGACUUGACAGAUUCACACUCGAUAAUUUUCUUAACGAAUUUCAACCCGUUGACAUGGGAUCAACAUUUUCGAAUUUUGACAUUAAUUUCUCCAAAGAACUAGAAGAUGGAUGGAUAGAUGUUCUUUCAAGAUCAUAUCAGUAUGCAUCUGUUCUUGAAAUAAAGCUCGAUUCUCCACCUGUCAUAAAGGAGCCUUUUGUAACUAACCCUUUGGUAAAACCUAGUGAUGUCAAAUUUGAAGGCUCUUUUGGCGAUCUUGUUUCACAAAUGAGUUCACCAGAUAAUGAAAAUUACAUAAACUUUGAUACAACAGCUUUGAUUGCUAUUGUAUCGGGUAUCAGCAAUGGUGGAACACAAAAGCUUUUGGAUACACCUGAAGACGAGUUAAGAUCCCAGUUUAAAGGGAACACGGAGUUUGUUAUCUCCCAGGUGAUGUCUGAGAUUAAGGAUCCGAUACAUGUGGAAAUAGGGAAGGUUAUGUUUGGGAGAAAAGGUAUUGUAUGCGAGAGUGUUUUUGAGGAGUUUAAGGAUUUGGUUUUGAUGUGUGGAGGGGUAAAUGAGAAGUUAAGGGCAGGUGAGUUGGUGAAACACGUGGUGGUUGUUAAAGAUAGUCCUUCAACACGAAUGAUGAGUCUUCCAACCACUAGAAAACUGGCAUUGAAGAAUAAGAUUGUUUUUGGGACAGGAGAUUAUUGGCAUGCUCCAACAUUAACUGCUAACAUGGGAUUUGUUAGAGCUGUUUCACAAACAGGAAUGUCUCUUUUUACCUUCGAGCAUAGACCACGUGCUCUCACAGGGGAUUGAUUUGUUUUGGUAAUUAUUUUUCUUGUAAGUUUUCUAAGUUGUUAAUGAAAUAUGUGAGAGAGUAUUUGUUUG